UUUUUUUAAAUUCUAUUUGGUAUAGAUCCAUGUAGCUGACUCCAUUAAACAGGGAUAACUUAUUAAACCGAUUCAACUCAACUCGAUCUAAUCCUAUCCGAUUCAUCAAACCGUGUUUGCAACUUUGAUAGUGUGGUGUUUCGUGUUGAGCUAAGGUACAACUUCAGAAGCUUUCUUCGAUUCUUGUGAAUAGAGAAAAGGGGACAACCGAUCGAAAGAGAUUCAAAGUGAAAAGCUAAAAACUGGUACCGGAAGAAAGGCAUCUCCCUGUCCCUCAACUUCUCUUCUUCUUCUUCUUCAUCUUCUUCUUCAUCAAUGGCCAUCACAAACCCAUUCACCAACCUCUACUCGCCGCAAGAGCCAUGGAGAAAACCAUUAAUGCCACUGCUUCAGCCGUCAGCGGUCUCCUCUUCUUCCUCCUCACAGUUAAUUUCUUCAACGGAGUACAAGGAAGCAUUGGCGUCAACUAUGGAACAGUUGCAGACAACCUUCCGGCACCGGCAGAGGUCGCACGGUUCCUCUUACAGGACACAUUGAUCAAUCGAGUGAGACUCUUCGAUGCUAAUCCGGCGAUCUUACAAGCUUUCGCUCACACCGGCGUGGCCAUUACCGUUACGGUUCCUAACGAAGAGAUACCUGACCUAACCAAGCUCGCCUCUGCUCGUCAAUGGCUGAAAACCAACAUUAUCCCUUACAUUCCUUCCACUAACAUCGUUCGCAUUCUCGUCGGUAACGAAAUCCUAUCGACGGCGAAUAAACUCUUCAUCGCGAACUUAUUACCAUCGAUGGAGAAUCUACACGCAGCUCUCGUCGAAGAGUCUCUCAGCCAUCGGAUCCAGGUCUCGACCCCACACUCACUAGCGAUACUCUCAUCAUCUAGCCCUCCAUCAACGGGGAAAUUCCGGAAAGGUUACGACGCCGUUGUACUGCAGCCAGUGCUUAGCUUCUUAAGGGCUACAGGUGCGCCUUUCAUGGUGAAUCCGUAUCCUUUCUUUGGCUGCUCUGCGGAAACGCUUGACUACGCAUUGUUUCAGCCAAACGCUGGUGUGUUGGACAGUAACACAGGGCAUACGUACACUAACAUGUUAGAUGCACAAUUAGAUGCUAUUUUCUCGGCGAUGAAGCUAGUUGGAUUUGGAGAUUUAGAGAUUGUGAUAGCUGAAACAGGGUGGCCGUCGAUUGGGGAUCCAGCGCAGGUUGGUGUUGACGCGAAAAGUGCAGCAGAGUAUAAUGGGAACCUGAUCCGGCAUGUGAACUCUGGGAUCGGAACGCCUUUGAUGCCUAAUCGGACGUUUGAGACAUACGUCUUUGCUCUCUUUAAUGAAGAUCUGAAACCGGGACCUACAUGUGAGAGGAACUUUGGGCUUUUCCGGCCGGAUAUGACACCUGUAUAUGAUGCUGGAAUCCUAAGACAUAAGAAUUCGGCAUCAAUUCCCAUAAACCCAAGCCCGGUGGUAACUCCCGUGAGUCCAAUGCCAUCUACAGGAAAGCAAUGGUGCGUUCCAAAAUCUGGUGUUGACCCAACUAUUCUUCAGAAUAAUAUUGACUAUGUAUGUGGGCUUGGCAUUGAUUGCCGGCCCAUCCAAGCUGGAGGUGACUGCUUCUUGCCCAACACAGUCCAAGCCCAUGCUGCUUAUGCCAUGAAUGCCUAUUUCCAAGCUAUGGGUCGUUAUGCUUAUGAUUGUGACUUUGCUCAUACCGGAGCCAUCACUACUGUUGAUCCCAGUAAGAGUUCUUAUUUGAAAUUCCCUUCUUCUUUUUCCUUUUCUCUUCUUUAUUUUCUUUCUUUUUCCUUUUAUUAAAUUCAUUUUUCAGGUAAUGGAGGCUGCAAUUAUUGAUCGUGAUGCUCACGAUGCAAAACAUUAGAGCAGAUAAACCUUUUGGAUCUGUAGUGACUCAGUAGCUCAUUAAUGUGAUGAAAAAGGAGAUAGUAGUAUAACCUUUUCUUUGUAGCAGAAAAAGAAGUAAAAGUAAAAUCAUUUGAGAUUAUUUUAGGUUCUUAUCAUACAUAUGUGUUCUAGAUUCAUUUAACUUUAUUUUUCA